AUGGACCGACUGGACCAACCGGCCCGUUGGGCCAAUGGACCGGUUGGACCAACUGGCCCGUUGGUCCUGUGGACCGGUUGGACCAACUGGCCCGUUGGUCCAGUGGACCGGUUGGACCAACUGGCCCGUUGGUCCAGUGGACCGGUUGGACCAACUCGCCCGUUGUUCCAAUGGACUGGUUGGACCAACGGGCCCGUUGGUCCAAUGGACCGGUUGGACCAACUGGCCCGUUGGUCCAGUGGACCGGUUGGACCAACUGGCCUUGACGCUCGCGAAGGGGCCGCGCAGGAGGACGUAGCGCCGGAGGCGACUCAGGAGCGGGACGCGGCAGAAGCGGAGGGGGACCAAGGGCUGCCGAUCGAGGAGGCGGAAGUGGAAGAUGCAGAUGAAGCGCAGUCAGAGGGGACGGGCGAAGCGGAACCCAUGCCGGCGGGAGAAAAUGCGGGAAUGAGUCAGGCGGUGGGCGGGGAGUUCGGGACCACGCUACAGGGACCGCGCGGUCAAGACAGCAGCCGCGGGGAGGGACACCGCGCGGAGGGCUCCAGGCGGCAGGACCAACGGACACCGGACGAGGGCGCUCGCUAUGCAGAUGCGUCCAGACCACGCGGUGAGGGAAGGGCGGAGCGGUCGCGCACGCCGGAAAGGGGUCAGCGCCGUGGAGAAUGGCGCGUGGGCGAGUUCCGCCCGCAUGACCGGCGGCAGGACCAGAGUGGCUGGGGCGGCGGCGGCAUGCGCUCGCCGGAACGUCGCCAGGCGCGCGGUGACGAACGGAGGGGUGAGCCACGCUCACCCAGGUCCCAGGGGCGCCAGGAAGGGGGUCAUAGGGCGGAGCGUGGGUCACAGGAGCAGCGCGGCCAGCAGCUGGGGGAGCGCAGCAGCGCAUUGCGCUCGCCGGGCCGGCAGAGGCGGAGGGAGAAGCGGGACGACAGCGGGUCCCGCUCACCCGACUGGCGCCACGCGCGGAAGGAAGAACACGGAGGGGGGAGGCUCUCACCGGAGCGCCGCCAGCAGCGCAGCAGGAGGGAGGACGCCUGGUCGCCGUCGCCAGAAGGGCGGCCGCGUCGCGAGACGAGCAGAUGGGAGGAGCGUGAGGUGCGUGGGCCGCCGACGCCACAGUGGGGACGGGCGGAAGGGUGGGGAGGAUCGAGGGAGAGGCGGUACGAGUCAGGAGGAAGUCGCCAGGAGGGCAGAACGGAGGGCGGAACACUGGCGAAGGGGGCAGAGCGGGCACGGGAAGCCAGAGAAGGCAUGCAAAGGGCGUGGGGGAGGGCAACGGAGAGGAUUCGGCCGGAAGGGGCCAGUGAAUCAUGGGGAGAGGGGCGCCAGCGGAGAGGAGCAGGCGGCCAACGUGGGCGGCGGCAAUGA